AAGGAGAGAUACGAAGGCCAAAAAAAAAAAAAAAAAAAAAAAACUGCGAGUGAAAUAAAGUCGCAUCCGGUCUUCCUUCGCUUCAUGACAGCUUUCUAACUACUUCCAGUCUUCAAAUCUGCGUGGAGAGAGAGAGAGAGAUUGAUGCAUAUGGGCUUGGAAAUUGUGGAGCCAAACACAUGCAUCAGAGGUUGCUGCAGCAGCAAUUCCAUUCCUUUACACCUGCCUCCGUCUUCUUAUACUCUCCUCACUCCAAUUGCCAGAGGGGCGGAGAGUGUAGUAUAUGAAGGAAUUCUGGAUGGGAGGAAAGUUGCGGUGAAGAAACCCAUCUUGUCUACUUCUGAGGACAUUGAUAAGUUCCAUAAGGAGCUGCAACUCUUGUGCACGCUGGAUCAUCCUGGAAUAGCCAGGCUAGUUGCGGCUCAUGCAAAGCCUCCCAAUUACCUAUUCUUUUUUGAAUUCUAUGAAUCUGGCAAUCUUGCUGGGAAAUUACAUGUGGAAGAAUGGACUCCUAGUUUUGAUCAGGUGCUCAUGAUCACUGUUCAGCUGGCCAAGGCUUUACAAUAUCUGCAUGCGCAUGGGAUUGUACAUAGGGAUGUGAAACCAGCAAAUGUUCUUCUUGAGAGAAACCUUUAUCCACACCUAGCAGACUUUGGUUUGGCAGAAUACAGGAGGAAUCUUACAAGAGUUUCUGUUGAGAGUUGGAAAUCAUCAGGAAAGCCAACUGGUGGUUUCCACAAAAGGAACAUGGUUGGUACACUCAUUUAUAUGGCACCUGAAAUAUUGAGAAAGGAGAUGCAUACUGAAAAAUCAGAUGUCUACAGUUUUGGGAUAUCAAUCAAUGAGCUUCUUACAGGUGUUGUCCCAUAUACUGAUCUUCGUGCUGAAGCUCAGGCUCAUACUGUAUUGGAGAUGAACUAUACUGAGCAGCAACUUACUGCAGGAGUGGUGUCUAGCAAACUGCGACCUGUUCUUGCUGGUCCUGAGUCUGGGGCAUCUGCAAGUAUGCUGACAUUGAUACAGAGGUGUUGGGAUGAAAAUCCUCAAAAUAGGCCUUCUUUUAGUGAUAUCAUUUUGGAACUUUCUCCAAUUUUGGAGCACAGAAAAAAAUCAAUGGAAGAAAAUUUGGCCCCUGUAGCAUCUGCUGUUUUAGAGGCUGAAGUGUUCAUUGAUGAUGCCGACAACCUUCGAACAUUUCAUGAGGGUGUUAACUGGUCUACUCAGGGAGAAAAAUUGUCUAAGGAAUCUUCUUUAGCUAUUAAUUCACAUAUGAAUAAUUGGCUUGAUUCUUCAAAUGAACCUUUGGCUUAUCAUCCUGUACUUUCUUGGGGAUCGUUUGCUACAUGUGGGAGAAGAGAAACAAUGGAGGAUACACACUUCCUUAUGCCCCACAUGUGCAGUGAAAAGGAUAUCCAUCUUUUUGGCAUCUUCGAUGGUCAUAGAGGUGCUGCAGCAGCUGAGUUUUCAGUUCAGGCUUUGCCAGGAUAUCUGCGAACUUUAGCUUCUAUGAGGAGUCCCACUGAAGCAUUAUUUGAAGCAUUUGUUAGUACAGAUGCAGCAUUUAGAAAUGAACUGGAUUCUCAUCGUAAAUCUAGGGGAGUUAUUCAGAAGGACUGGCAUCCUGGCUGCACUGCUGUUGCAGCCUUAAUAGUUAGAAACAAGCUUUUUGUUGCUAAUGCUGGUGAUUGCAGAACAAUUUUAUGUCGGGCUGGCCAUGCCUUUCCCCUAAGUAUGGAUCACAUUGCAAGCUGUAUUGAGGAGAGGGAGCGUGUUAUUAGUGCAGGCGGACAGGUGAAAUGGCAAGUUGAUACUUGGAGGGUUGGUUCUGCCGCGCUCCAGGUCACUCGUUCCAUUGGUGAUGACGAUUUGAAGCCUGCUGUAACUGCAGAACCUGAGAUAACUGAAACUACUCUGUCAGUGGAGGAUGAAUUUUUGGUAAUGGCUAGUGAUGGACUUUGGGAUGUGGUGAGCAAUGCAGAGGUAAUAAGCAUAAUAAGGGACACUGUGAAAGAACCUGGAAUGUGCUCCAAGAGAUUGGCGACAGAAGCUGCAGAGAGAGGCAGCAAAGAUAACAUUACAGUAAUUGUCGUAUUCUUGCGUCCAGUAUCUACAGCAGAGAGAAUUUACUAGGUCAAUUGUAAAGGCAAGUUGAUAAUGUUGUUAAUUGAUGAAGGAAAUUGAGUCGAACUGGUUCAGACACACACUCUUAUUCCAUUCAUGUUUACACAUGACUUAUCAUAUGGGCCCCACAUUUUUAAACAAAAAAUUCUAUAUGAA